GCGUCGUAUGGAUGUAUCAUCAAGUAGCUCUAGGGUGUGGAUUCCGGUGCUGGACAGCCACUAUGCGGUUUCGAGAAACCUUGUUCCAAAAGAGGAGUUUCUGGACGUCUUGUACAGAAAAGGCGUUCUACUAAAGGACGAAAAGCGAUGGCUACUGAAAAUCUCUUUCCUAGAUGACGGUCGGCGUCUAGUAGCUAACAAGAUAUUGCUAUACUCGAUAUUGUGUCGCCAUUCAAAUGCUAUUCAUACCUAUCAAGUGUUAUUAGACGCUCUGCUAGCGUCGCAGCAAAAUGAAGUUCUAGAAACAAUAAUACGCAGUGUACGGCAGUGCAGGGAAGAUGAAGACCAAUCUGAUUCAAUAUGCAAUAUGUGGGGGCCCUCCUCACCCUCUGAUUCAAGUAGUCAAGGAACGACUACUCUUAUAGUCGAUAUGAUUGUGGAUAUGAAGCUGUUGAUUAAAAUUCAAGAAUUUAGACAAUCAAUCCACACAUGGUUAUGUCGAGAGGUGCUUGGGGAAGUUGACCAUGAUCAGGUUGCCAUUCACCUCCAUGUUGUUCGAUCACAUGAACAACAAACUCAACAUGUAAUUAUCAUUUAUCCAUCUAUGGAGACUCAGGACGAUGCAAAACAAGGUCCACAGGUAAAAGAACCAGUAGUUGUCCAAUUGCAAGGCAUUUUGCAAGCUGAAGAAUGCGGCAAUCUUAAUUGUCCAAAAUGCGAUGUUGAGUUGAUUGGAAUCAGGGGUUUGAACCACCUGUUUAAGCCUAAAUCUGAAGUUUCACCCAGAUCUGAAUUUUCACAUAGCAGCAACUUUAGCAGAAACUUUAGCAGACUGUCUCUAUCUAGUCAGUCUAGAUGUAGUAAAUCAACAGAUAUUGGUAUGUUUUCACCAGAUGAAAUUGAAACGUUAGAUUGUGUAGGAAAUGGGAAAUAUAGUAAAGUGCUUAAGGUCAGAAUGGCAAAAACAGAUAAAAUAGCUGCUCUCAAAACAGCUAUCGACGACAAGUUCAUUGGUGACAAGAAGCCAUUUCUCAAUGAGCUUAGGGCAUUUAAAAGCAUUGACGGUCACAUAAACGUUAUUGAACUACUAGGAGCUGUUAUCUCAGAACAACAUGUGGAACGAAAUCUACUAUUUGAAUAUGCUGAAAAUGGAGACUUAGACAACUUACUUAGUCAGCAGUUAGAGCAUCAUCCUACUGUCUCUAAACAAUUGAAGCAGCGAUUAGUCAUGGCACUAGACAUUGCCAGAGGCAUGGAACAUAUACAUCAAACAAUAUAUCACUUGGAUUUGAUGACUUCCAGUGUAUUAGUUACAAGAGAUUAUCACUGCAAGAUAUCAGACUUUGGAUGUUGUGAGUUUCUUGGAGGUUCCCAGUCAUCAACAUUUUGGGUGAGAAGCUGCACUGACUUAGGUAGCAACACAGUAUUUAUUGCUCCAGAACGGUAUCAAGAUAACAGGUGGUGGACAGCAAAGAAGAAGAGCAAGUCAGAUGUCUUUGGGUUCAGUAUGAUUUUGUACCAAUUGAUAAACUUGAAGAAACCAUGGCAAGGUAAAACCAGCGAUGCUAUAAGGGAAAGAAUUUUAACACAUCAACGACCUUCUCUAAGAAAACAUGAUGACUGUCCUAAGCAUAUAGUAAACAUUGCUAAAUCAUGUUGGGAGAACUAUCCUGACUCGAGGCCAACAUUUUACGAGAUUGUGGAUGAAAUGAAAACUUUAGCACAACCAACUCUAGCACAACCAACUUCAGCACAACCAACUUCAGCUCAACCAACUUCAGCACAACCAACUUCAGCACAACCAACUUUAGUAACUUUGGCACAACCAACUUCUAAUUUGAACAGUGAUCUAUCCAAAGGUGAUUCAAUUCGCGGAACAAAGAAUAUGUCUCACGAAAGUCAGAAUUGUGAAGUGUCGCAACCAGUGAAGUCAAACCAAGACAAUUCACCAAGAGCGGACUAUUUGGAAGAUAAUCACGUAUCUUCAAGUUCCUAUUUUGUGCGGCCAGCAGUUUCAGUUCCUGAGAGUGUGUCACCACAGGAAGCUAAUGCCACAGGUCGUUCACAUCCUACACAAAUUGCAGGUACAUCGUUUGUACAGCAGCCGGCAUUUCCAAUGUUUAAAGGUUUGGCAACACCCAGUUCUGCUGUUUACACCAAGACCACAGAUGGAUUACCACAUCCCAAUCAGCAAACCUCAGCAUCAGCUCUUGUUUAUGGCAGUUCACAAAUUGUGACAAGUCAUGUAUCACAAAGUUUGACGAUGUCAAGAGCUCAACAAAAUGCGGUGGCUAAAAGAAUUACCAAUGUUUGGCCUAUGAUAGCAACAGAAUUAGAUCCAGAACACUUUGAUGCAAAUUGCAUUGAUGGAAUAAAGAAGAAGCACCCUUCUGACUUGCGCAUGCAGGCAGUUGAGAUGGUGCAACAAUGGGCCAACAAGUUUUCUAGACAUGCUACAGCACACAGGAUGGCUGUGGCGUUAUGUAAGGAGGGCCAAAGAAUUGUUGCUGAAGAAGAGCUUGGUACUGCACUCGUAGAGUUUGUCGUUCCGCCCUAGCAAUAGCAAUAAGACGAAAAAUAAACAGCAAUUAAUUGUCAUGUACAUGUAAAUACGUACACGAAUCUACAACAGUUAAUAUAAUUGAUAUGUGUUUGUUGUCACGAAAAUAGAGAACUGAUUUAGAGUUUAUUAUUACUUUGUCACAUUUAU